GUCGUGUACACACACAGCGGUAACGCGUCGGUGACGCUGUGUGUGUGCGAGCCGAGGUAGCGACGCGCCGCCAACCAGCGGCACACGCAGCCGCGCGACUGGUUCGAUGUGCGUCACAGACCGGUUCGAAAUCAGUAGCGCGGGGCCCGCCGCACCGCACAGGUCGUCCGUGAGUCGCGGACCGGUCUGCGAUCAUCAUGUCGCGAGAUAUUAUGAGUGAGCAACAAAUCAAUAUCAAAUUCGUUAAAGAGGUACAGAAAUAUCCUAUUCUGUACAACUUCGAGUUGCCUUCGUACUCUCGGAGGGACGUUAGCGACGAGGCUUGGAAAGAAGUGGGCAAGGCCAUGAAUAUGACACCAUCAGCCUGCAGAGAAAGAUGGCGAAACCUGAGAGCUGUCUUCAUGAGGACUAUGAAAGCGCCGCCGCCGAGGGUCACAGGGAAAAAGAAACCUUAUUACUUAGCCGAUGUGAUGCAAUUUGUCGUGCCAUUUAUGAGACCGAUCGCUAUGGCAGAAGCGGCGAAGGAUAAACAAAAGAAGAAUCAAGCAGUAGAUCCUAAAGAAGGUGAUAAUCAGCCGAUUGAAGUGGAGAUCGAACAUAUCAAGGUGGAGCAGGUGGAACAGGAGGAGGACUCGGAUGAGUACGGCCAGUCCUCUGUCGAGGGGGACAGGGAAGGAACUCCGCUGGCGAGGAAACGAUCCUUGCAGGACGACAGACCCUCACAGUCCAGCAAGACGGCCAAGCUACAGCCGUCAUCCAUCGCAGCUCUGGACAGCGAUCACGUGAAGUCAUUCCUCAAUAGCCUCCUACCAGAACUUCAUGAAAUGAGCUCACAGCAGUUCAAACACUUCAAAAGACGCGUUCUGCUGCUGAUAGACGACAUCACGACAGAAAUACCGGCCAGUCCGAGGAGACACCGAGACGAUGAAUACAUUUUGUAAUUAUAAUAAUUAAUUAAGUCUACAAUUAUUCAUAGUUCUCUAAUUAAGAUAAUGACACCGACCUAGUAAAUUAAGAAAGAAGUUCAAAUAGUAAUUUCAAAUAUCAAAACACUGCCUAAAUAAUAAAAAAGUAUUUUUAAGAAAA